AUGGUGAGGAAGAAGUGCGAGCUGUGCGGGAUGGCGGCGAGGACGCGGUGCGAAUCGGACGAGGCGGACCUGUGCUGGGAGUGCGACGCGGAGGUGCACGGGGCGAACUUCCUGGUGGCGCGGCACUUGCGGAGGCUGCUCUGCAGGACCUGCCAGGGGCCGACGCCGUGGCGAGCGGAGGGGCCGCGCCUCGGGCCCUCCGUCUCCGUCUGCCUGAUCUGCUUCCGCCGCAGGGAAGAGGCGGCCUGCGGGGCGUCGGAGAAGGGGAAGAUCGGAGGGGGAGCUCCGGGAAGAAGGAGCCUAGUCGGCGAGGAGGAAGACGAGGAAGACAUGGAGGAUAUGGAGGAGUGCGACCGCAGCGACGACGACGAUGGGGACAACCAGGUGGUGCCGUGGUACGAGGACGCGGAUCUGACGACGGCGGCGCCGCCGGGGGGUCCCGAGCCGGCGGCGAGUUGCUCGCCGGCGAGGACACUGAUCGGCGACGCUCCUCCUCCCCUAAGCCGUCGGACGCCGAAGAAUGCUGAUCCGACUCCUCCCGGCCACGUACGUGCACGCCCCCCCCCCCCCUUCUCCCUCCCCUCGACGCCCAAGACUUCUAGGGCUCGAUCUGUGCCCCACCCUCGCCCUCUUUGA